CAUUGUGCAAAAACCAUCAGUUUGACAAGGCAAUUGAAUUAUUGGUGAAGAUCAAAGACCAACGAAUUCAGCUAAAUAUGCAUACAUACACUAUACUUGUUGAUGGACUAUGCAAAAAUGGAAGACUUAAGGAUGCACUAGUAGUUUAUCAGGAUCUUUUGAUUAAAGGCUACCAUUUAGAUGUGACGAUGUAUACUGUUAUGAUUAACGGGCUUUGUAAAGAGGGCUUGAUUGAUGAAGCAUUGUCCUUAAUGUCAAAAAUGGAAGAUAAUGGUUGCACCCCUGACUGCAUAACUUACACAACUCUUAUUGAUGCUUUGUCCAAAAAUGGAAAGAAUGAGAAGGCGAUGAAACUUUAUCGUGAAAUGAUUGCUAGAGGUCUUUUAUAAGAGUCGAACUAGAGAAAACGUAGUCAUUAUGGAAGAAGUCGAAGCAAUUUCGGCGUCACCAUCAGGACUAUUACCAUUCAGAGGAAGAAUUUGACAAUAUAGUUGAUGACCUAUGAGGAUAUUUUUCAGAGGAAGAAUUUGACAAUAUAGAAACAAAUUGCAGCUCAUAUGAAACCAGAAGAACCAGAAGCACGAAUAGUAACAACGACACGAGGAGAAACGACGACUCAACAGAAGAAACAAACAAAAAACAUCAAAACGACAGAGUUUGAAGAAACAUCUAGAAAAGAGAAACAAUCUGGAAAACGAAACGAGAGAUGAAGAAAAGAUUUCUACUGCGUACGAUUUUUGCUGAGAACGAAAUGACAGAGUUUGAAAACGAUAUUGCUGCCUUCAAUUUCCAGGAGUUAGGGUUUGGUUUUUCACCACCAGUUUAAUCUGGUUCGGGGGUCAGUUCUGCCAUCAAGUGGUUCCAGCCCCCUCCCGAUCGCAGUUGCGGGGGAUCGAACUGCGGUCCCCCCUACCAAGUUCAGCGCCAAUCACCACUGAACCAACUGACGAUUGAUAUCAGGAGUUUGGGUUUGUGAAUGCAUCUCAUUAAUUAUUAUUUUUUUUUUGAAACAUUAAUUUAUUUAAUAUUUAAUUUAAUAAUAGUGAUAAUAGCCCACCAAAAAAAAGCUCACCAAAAAAUAAUAAUAGUGAUAAUAGAAACCUAUAUAUAUAAAUUCAUCUCCUUGUUUCAAAAUAAAACUUCAAAAUACAAAAACCCUAGCUGAAGAAACGAAUAAACUCGUCAAUCCCUCAAACGAAUAAAUUUCGCACUAGCCAGCCAUUUAGAUGGAGUGGAACCCUCAAACUCGUCAAUCCCUCCGCCAAUGCUUCCUCAACACUCUCUCCCCAGCGCUAGAGCCUCGCCGUGUUGCCGAAUUUCGCCUAUCAGAAGCCGCUGGCCUUACCAACUUUGGCCUUGUCAUCCUCCGCCUUGUUGCUGAACCAGACGAGAAGAUUGAGCCAUCCAUCGACGAGCAGAUCCGACUAGCUGCCGCCGUUAACUUCAAGAACCACCUCCAUGGUCAUCGGAAGACAAUCCGAAUACUGAAUCCGAGAAAGAGCAGAUCAAAACCCUAAUCGUUCCUCUCAUGCUCUCUGCAACUUCCAAAAUCCAAUCCCAAUUACAUCACAAUUACAAUCUUGAUGAUGCUAAUGCUAUUUCUUCAUUCAAUCGAAUGCUAUAUAUCAAUCCUACCCCACCCAUCUUCCAAUUCAACAAGAUAUUAAUUUCCCUUGCUAAGAUCAACAAUUACCCUACUGCUAUUUCCCUCUCUAAUCAAAUGGAAUUCAAAGGAAUUCAACCUAAUUUUCAUACUCUGAACAUCCUACUCAAUUGUUUCUGCCAACUAGCUCAACUAGAUUUUGCAUUUUCUGUAUUGGCAAAAAUUCUCAAGCUAGGUUAUCAGCCAGAUAUGAUAACAAUGACUGCACUUAUGAAAGGCAUGUGUCUUAGUGGUCAGGUUAAAGAAGCAUUGGGUUUUCAUGACGACGUUAUAUCCAAGGGGUUUAAGCUUGAUCAAGUUAGUUAUGGAAUCUUGAUUGAUGGCUUAUGUAAAAAAGGAGAAACAACAGCUGCCCUGCAGUUGCUUAGAAGGAUUGAAGAGUUAAUGGUUAAACCAAACGUGGUAAUGUACAGUAUAGUCAUUAAUAGUCUUUGCAAGGAUAAACUUGUGAGUGAUGCUUUGCAUUUAUAUUCUGAAAUGAUUGUCAAGAAUAUUUAUCCUGAUGUUGUCACUUACACUAAUUUAAUAUAUGGCCUUUGCAUUGUGUGUCAAUUCAAAGAAGCUGUUGGUUUGUUAAAUGAAAUGUUGUUGAAAAACAUCAGCCCGGAUGUUGUUACUUUUAAUAUAUUGAUUGAUGGUUUAUCUAAGGAAGGAGAGUUGAGAAAAGCUAAAAAUGUCUUGGCUAUUAUGAUAAAACAAGGUGUGAAACCAGAUGUUGUUACUUAUAAUUCUUUAAUGGAGGGGUAUUUUUUGGUUAAAGAAGUGAACAAGGCCACAUAUGUAUUCAAUACAUUUGCUCAAAGGGGAGUGAUUCCUGAUGUUGUUAGCUACAAUGUCAUGAUUAAUGGUUUAUGCAAGAAUAAAAUGGUGGAUGAAGCCAUGGAUCUCUUCAAAGAAAUGCAUUUAAAAAACAUAGCUCCUAAUACUAGAACAUACAAUUCACUUAUUGAUGGGCUUUGCAAAUCGGGGAGAAUCCCUGAUGCUUGGGAUCUUGUUGAUGAGAUGCAUGAUAGAGGCCAUCCUGCUAAUGUGAUCACCUACACUUCUAUAUUGGAUGCAUUGUGCAAAAACCAUCAGUUUGACAAGGCAAUUGAAUUAUUGGCGAAGAUCAAAGACCAACAAAUUCAGCUAAAUAUGCAUACAUACACUAUACUUGUCGAUGGACAAUGCAAAAAUGGAAGACUUAAGGAUGCACUAGUGGUUUAUCAGGAUCUUUUGAUUAAAGGCUACCAUUUAGAUGUGACGAUGUAUACUGUUAUGAUUAACGGGCUUUGUAAAGAGGGCUUGAUUGAUGAAGCAUUGUCCUUAAUGUCAAAAAUGGAAGAUAAUGGUUGCACCCCUGACGGCAUAACUUACACAACUCCUAUUGAUGCUUUGUCCAAAAAUGGAAAGAAUGAGAAGGCGAUGAAACUUUAUCGUGAAAUGAUUGCUAGAGGUCUUUUAUAAGAGUCGAACUAGUUAACUGCGGCUGCUAUAGUGGAAAUGUCUAGAGACCCCUAGACGCUGUGCAAAACUUCGUUAUGAUUAGCGGAUGAUACAGUGAAAGAAGCACUUCAUAGUUGAACAUGUCUCCUUAUCUCCAUAGUAAGUUUUGAUUCAAACACAGUGAACACCUGUAUACGUUUUGUAGACUUGCACAAUGAACAAAGGUUUCUUUGUCUUGUUCCUUAAAGAGGUUUAUUUUAUCUAUAUGUUUUAUUACCAUAGUGCAUUUUAAUGAAGAUUGUUAUUGUCUCUCCAA